AGAAUAAUUUAUAUUUGAAUAUCUCUUAGUUAACUUUGGUCUAUAUGUUAUGGAGAAGUUUUAAACGAAUGUUAAUAUUUGAUGUUAUGUUUGGUACAUUAAUUUAAAAAAAAGUUGAAUAUAUUUUGAUACACAGCUUAGAAACAUUGUAUAUAAGGACCUAAAACUUGGGGGAGACUGACGUAGAGGCACAUUACGAAUUGUACGAAAUUUAAAUUUAUAAUUCUUCAUUUAUCUUCACGCAAUCUAGUUUUUUAUCCUUUUUUUAAGAUUAGAUAGAUUUUAUCACAUCCUUUAUUUUAAUCGAGAAUGCUUCGCAGUUUUUUUAACGUUAAUCAUUUAAUAUGAAUUAACAUUAAUUAGUCAGUAGCAUAUAACUAAGCCCUGUUACUUAUAUAUAGGAGCGUUAUUAAUUUUACACAUUUCUUCCUGCUUUGUUAAACAUGAAGUCAAUAGUAAUAUUCUUAAUUCUCUGCUACAUAUGUCAUAUAGAGACUGUGCCAGUUGGUAAUGGCAAAGAUUUUUCGCGAGGAAAUGUGGAAACAUUACAAUCGAAUGGACAUAAUAAUCCGGAAGUCGAUUUAAAAACGAAUGAUAAGGAAUUGCUAUCAACGGCAGAGAGUAAUAAUUAUGUGUAUCGACCUCUCUUCGUUUACAGAAGGAUUGAGCAUAGUAAACGUAGGAUCACUAUGUAUAACUCUUUCGCUGGUUAGAACAUUGUUGUCAUGGCCGGUAUAUCACCAUUUCAUGAUUAUACAAAUAAAGUAAAUUCCAAGGUCAAUGACGGAUUCAUAAUGAAUUCUCCAUACAAAGUUCUCAAACACUUGGACAAUUCAAUUCUGAAGGCAACUAAAAAUGUUACUCAAAAUCCUAAAAUGGAAGAAAACCUUUAUCAAAUUUCGAAAGAUUUAGUUUCUGCAAUUCUGACUAAGCUUGAAAUCCAAGAUAAAAUAACUAGGAUCACGCGAGAAGCUCUAGAUGCUCCCGGUAAAACAAAAGGAAUGACCGCAAUAGAAACAAGACGUAUUUUAGAUUACAUAUCAAGGACGUUAUCGGGCCAUAUACUUACAAUAACUAGGGCAUCAACAGAACCUGAACUACAUCGUUUAGUAUUUGGUUUAGCACAAAUAGCUGCUGAGGUGUCAAUUGUUUCAGCAUUAAAGGAUAUAACAUACGCCACAGCAUUAUCUAAAAAGCAAUCAGUGGAUUUAUCGUUUCGUAGAAAGAGGUCUGUCACGUCCAUAGGGGAAAAGGCUAACACAACACCGGUACCAGCCAAUAGUUUACUGUCGACGGUUUACAGUGCUAUAUUGAAUAAAUCAAUUAAUUCAGUUGGUCCACAAAAUAUUUAUUCCAAUAAAAUCACAGGUGAACAAAUGAAUCCCUAUUCGGUUAUUUCAAAACAUGAACGAAAAACUGUUCAAGUUUUGUCUAGUAAGAAAAAGUCUUUUGCUUCGGUUCCCAAAGGCUUUUUAAAUCAAACAGCUCUUGACAUCGAAAACAAUGGCACCAAUAUCACUGAUAGUGAUGCAAUUAUUUUAGAAAACAAACUAAACGUAACUCGAUUGGUAAACAGGCAGUCUUUGGAUACACAAGAACCAAAUGUAUCUAGCCUUGUUGAUGACUGGAUAGAUCCAAAAGAAAAUAUGUAUGGUCUUAACCCCGAUUUAGUAGCUGAAAUGGAAAUAGACCAACCAAUAACAGAGGAUGAAACUUUUAACGAAAAAAAAGCAAAACAAAAAUUGGAACGUCUUGAAUUAAAAGCUAAAAAGGCUAUACUUUACGCUGGGGAUGUUGCUUACUUGACCGCGGCCAGCGUUGUGGCUUUGAGGCGUGCACUAACGGCCUCCAUAGAAGUUCAUAUGUCGGUAAACUAUGCUAAGAAUGGCAUGUCAAACCAUCAAGAUCUGAUGAUGAACUUAGCAAAAACAGCAGCACAACAAGCUGGAAAAGAAGCUAAAAGUGCAACUUCGAAGUCACUUGCUUGCGAACGUGUCAUCAAAUUGGCUUUAAAAUAUACUGCUCAGUCAAAAGGGGCUAAACUAAAUCAUGUUGCAAGCAGAAUUGUAAUGGAUACAUUGUCUUUGGCAACACUCGCCAAAUCAAUGGCUUUUGUGUCUUCUGAUAUCGCUAUUAAUUCCUUAUAUCAGGCUACUGAUGUAAAACCACCUUCGUAAUUUCGUGUGUGUUGCAAUAUUACAUGUUUUAUUAAUAACAUUUUGUUUUAUAUUCCUCGUGUUAUAUUAUAUAAGUAAUAUGUAAUAAAUCAUUAGAAUUUAUAUUUUAAUUUUAUAUAGUUUGAUAGAUUUUUAUUCUGCAGCAACGAUACAACCUAGCGGGUACACGCGAUAGAAGUGAAACGAUUUUAGUUACGUAAUUAAUAACAAUACUACAACAAGAUUAAAUAAUACAGAUAACUGCACUUAACAAUAAAAAUUUUGACAGAUAAGUUAACUUUGAAUCCGUGACCAAAUUUUGAACAAUAUUUUCAAUAAAAUUACGA